AGUCGAUUGUUUGCGCUCAGCACAAUCGGUUCGUUUGGCUUUUCUGUAGUCUACUUAGCGGGAGGAGUCAGCCAGCCGCCCUCACGAUACCGAUCAUCGAGCCGGUAAUAGUUCAGUUGAGCGCGUGGGUGAGAUUUUCUUUAUCAAUCAGUAGAAAGUGCGCGCAGUUCGGAUCGACGUUAAGUACACUGCUGCUCACCAUUGAGGAAACGCAGAGAUUUUCGCAACGCAUCACCGUCGACCUCCACACUGCAGUCGAGUGACGUCGGUUCCCCUCGCUGGACCGGUUGACCGUGGGUUACUUUGGGGUCUCUAAAACUGCGACUCAAUUGCUGUGGUGGUCUCUCGAAACGUGUUUCUGCCCAUUUCGUCGAUUGGGAUAUUACCGGGCUUCAUUCAGUCACGGUUUUGCAAGCGACGUGCUCAAAUGGCAAUUCGGUCUGACGCUGUGCGAGAAAAAUUGCCACAUUCAAAUUUGGAGAUUUGAACCUACUGUGCGUCAAGGGAUGACAAUGCGGUGAAACGAACUCGUGUCUCAUAAUUAGGGAAUCGCCACUGGAAGUGCCAAUAUCUCCGAACAGGUGAAAUAUCACUGAACUGAAAUGCGUGCAAAAUCCGAAGUCAAACAAUGCAUCGGAAGCCAAACUAGAGUGCCAGAUAUAAAAUAUUUCCUCAACAACAAUCGUGUCAACACUGAAAAGACCAGUGUCCAUAGGUGGUAAAUUGAUACCGGAGUGAGGAGGGGGCACCAACCGAGCGAACCGCAGAUAGAUAAAUCGUCGACUCUCUGAAACUUGUUUUGGAAAGUUUUCUGUUUUUGUUUUGCCUGCGAAAAGCAGCUGUUUGCUGUUACCUACCGUUUGUUACCAGCUCUGGAGUGCUGCUGCUGCCGGGCAAUAAAACAGUAUGGACGUUACGGAGAGCAGCAAACUAAGCGAUGGAAUCUCCUCCCCACUGUGGAUGUUCUGGAAGCGGCGGAGAUACAUGGUGGUGUUCAUGGCCUUUCUGGGAUUCUUCAAUGUGUACGCCCUGCGAGUGAAUCUCAGUGUGGCCAUCGUGGCGAUGACCGAAGUGCGGGAAGUGGACCUCGGAAACGGGACCAUUGUGGAAGAGCAAUACUUUGACUGGACAACGCAAAUGCAAGGAUUCGUACUCAGCUCUUUCUUCUACGGCUACAUUUUGACACCUUUCCUCGGAGGGUUCAUUUCCAACAAACUCGGCGGCAAUUAUGUUUUCGGUGUCGGUAUUGGCGCAACGGCCCUCCUAACCCUCCUGACUCCGCUGGCGGCCAAAGCCGGGUUGGGUUGGUUGAUUGGCGUGCGAGUCAUCGAGGGUAUCUUCGAGGGGGUCACGUUCCCCUGCAUCCAUGCGGUGUGGUCCAAGUGGGCACCCCCUUCGGAAAGGUCCCGAAUGGCUUCGAUUGCUUUUGCAGGGAACUAUGCCGGAACGGUGGUGGCAAUGCCCUUGAGUGGAAUCUUUGCCAACGCCUAUGGAUGGGAAAGUGUGUUCUAUAUUUUCGGAGCCAUCGGGUGCGUUUGGUUCGUGUUGUGGACUUUUAUGAUCAAAACAUCGCCCGAAGUGGAUCGAAGCAUCAGCGACAAGGAGAAGGAAUUUAUUUUGUCGAGCUUGGGCAGAACCGAAGGCGUUCCAGAGAAGAUUCGGCACCCGUGGAAGGCGAUGCUGACGUCGAUGGCCGUGUGGGCUUUGGUGGCGUCGCACUUCUCGGAAAAUUGGGGAUUCUACACGCUGUUGACGCAGCUGCCGACGUUCUUGAAGGAUACCAUGCACUUCCAACUCGAGAAAACUGGAUUCAUCUCCGCCAUCCCUUAUCUGGUCAUGGGAAUUCUCCUGUUCGUUUCCGGUUAUCUUGCCGAUCUGUCGCAGGUUAAAGGAUGGCUCACAACGACCCAGGUCCGUCGAUUCUUCAACUGUGGCGCCUUCCUCGGUCAAACCGUGUUCAUGAUCACCGGAGCGUUCAUUCUGAAGCCGGCUGCCACCAUCACCUGUUUCACGAUCGCCGUCGGCAUGGGCGCCUUUGCUUGGUCUGGCUUCGCAGUAAACCAUUUGGAUCUGUCCCCAAAAAGCGCCGGAGUUCUGAUGGGAAUUUCCAACACCUUCGCCACGAUCCCCGGCAUUGUGAGUCCCAUCCUCACCGGUUACAUCACGUCGAACAAAUCGGACGACGAAUGGCGAGUGGUGUUCUACAUUGCCGCCGGAAUCUAUUUGAUUGGCUGUGUGAUUUAUUGGAUCUGGGCGUCUGGGGAACUUCAGCCGUGGUCGAUCGAGGCCCAGGAGAAGUUGGUCAAGGAGCAGAAUGGGAAAAAGAAUGGCCUCGACGGGGGUUACGUUAACAAGAUGAAGAUCGAGGAUGAGAUGUAAGGUGGCGUCGUCGGGAGCGUCAGUUGCGAAGCGACAAGUAUUUUAUCUAUAUGUGUAUUUUAAUGAAGGCGUUCAUGUUUGAAAUGAAUGUUGAUAAUUAAUGUUAUUUAAGAAACUAAAAUGUUUUAAAAUGUUUACGUUCCGAAA